AUGCGUUGCAUGGAUCCUGGUAGGUUGGACCGCCUAGGCAUCACCAGGCAAAUCAGUCACCUUCCUCGGUUGGCCUGCCCGGUGGCUUUGGGCCAAAAAGCGAUGAGAGGCAUUGGCUGUCUGUGUCAGGAAUUAGAUGCCAGUAAUGCCGGUAAGCUGGGAAAGCAAAGUUAUCGAUUAUUGUGCUAUUCCGCAUUCCUGAAACAGAUGCAGAGCAUCCUCGCUUGUGCAUGCUGA